AUGGCAUCGACUGGUGUGUCCCUUUAUAAAGCAGCCGGUUUGCGCCAUCGUUUUCCACCAAUAUCCCAGUCGGACCCAUCGUCUCCUUCGACAUUCCCUGAAGCACCACCGCACAGCAACCACAGCAAUAACGGCACUAUGGACCUCGAAAAUUCGAAGGAGUCACUUCUCUCAGGCGCGACCUCCGUUCCCAACUCGCCUCAGACGCUUCCUCUAGACGACCCAAAUGUCCGUUACCGAACCUGGGGGAUCUUCACCGUCGCACACGAGAAGCCAUCAUGGCGCUUCUUUCCUUUGCCGAUCACUGGGACCAUCCAGGAGUACAGGAAACCAUUCAGCGCAUUUCUCUGCUUCCUGCAAGACCUCUGGACUGUCGACCCAUGGCAUAGCGCCCAGUACUACCUAUGCAUGCUGUGGGCAACCAUGGCUCCAGCGGUUGGUUUAUAUCUGGCGUCCCUCUUCAUCACCACCGUUCAGCCGCUUGUUCAUUCUCCUGAAGUCCAAAGCGAACAGGCAAAGGACUUCCAAGUUAUUGGAUUCGCCUGGCUUGCGUGUGGGCUAAUAUCGACUCUGGUCGAGAAAAACAUGGUCCAACUACGGGUCGAGCUUGGGGGCCGAUUGAAACUUCAUUUUACUCCCCAACUGGCUGCAGCGACUCUACGAUGGGAUCUCGAUCACACCCUAGAGAGCCUCCGUUACUUUCCUAGUCCCUACGAGUACGGCGACUACAUUCCAGGAUGGAAUUUCUUCAACCACACUUUCACCCUUUUGCGCCAUAUCCUCACGGUGGUCUUCCAAAUUCUUGUCGCCUUCCUUAUCCUUUCCAAGAACGAUAACCCAGACGCCGUAUGGCUUUCCGCUUUGACCGGACUUUUCCUUUCUGUGGCAUUUCUGUCGCCCACAAACGACAUGGGGGGAUCAGGCUAUACGUUCUGGACGAACAAUACGCACUACAAUCGACUGAUGUACCUAUUCAACAUCGUCUUCGAUUCAGACAUGCGAUCAACCUUGAUCAAGGACGGAUUCGCCGAAUCACUUGUUGAAGAGUACAAACGCGAGUCGCAGGCUCUCGGAGUUGUGGGAGCCGAUACCUGGAUUCUCGGAUGGAACCUUCUACCCCAGGGGUACUGGUUACUGGGACAGAUUUUGCUCGGUGCCUCUCCCAUGGUAUUGUGCGCACUUGCCGCGCCAUGGUCGGCGAAACCAUUAGGAACUAUCCUCCCGUCAAUCGCCCUUGCUCAAUACACCAUUUUAACCAUGAAGUAUAAUAUCGAGAUGCUUCGAGGCUUCUAUGGACAGCACUCCUUCCUUAGUCUCCUUCGUGAGGCCGAGCAGUUUUACUACGCUUUAGGAUAUGGAUCUUCUCCAAUCCUUGGUUUCUGCAACUAUCCUGAUCUCAAGAGCAACCCAAAAGGGAUGAAAAUACAGGACGUGUCGUACAAGCCGCGCGACGCUGACACUUCGGCGCCUAAUGUGGUCGAGGACAUCAAUCUGACAAUCCAACCUGGUCAACUCGUGGUAGUGACUGGAAGAGAGGGUUGUCGGAAGGAGACUCUUCUCAAAUUGCUUUCUGGAACCUUGCCGCCAACAUCUGGUGAGGUCCGCGUAGACGACGAAAAGCUUGGGAGCUACGACAUCCGCGAGCUGCGCCAGGCCACCGUCUUUGUCGAGAAGACAGAUGCGAUUUACCCGCUGUCAAUCCGCGAGAAUAUCUUGAUGGGCUUGGGCUACCUUAGCCGAGACGAACGUGAUGUGAUCCCGGAUGAGUGGAUCGAAGAAGCCGCCCGUCUCGGAGGUGCCUCCGAAUUGGUCAAGGAGAUGGGAUACGAGACCGUGAUAACUCCCUGCAGUAUCCCAGCUUACAGUCUGACAGAGCGACCCGGAGAUUCUGCGCUCAAGGCUCUUCGACAUCAUUCACCUGACCCAAUUCCUAUCAUCUUGACGGAAGCACAGAAACAAUCUUUGAUUGCGUACGUUCCUUAUUCUUCAAUUACGAUUUCUGUGCUUAUUGGGUUCUUGAGAUCACGGGCGGUUAUGAGAGCUAAACACGGUCUGAAUAUCAAACUUGUGAUACUGGACGGCAUUCUCGAUGCUUUAGCGCCUAAGAUCCAGGGCGAAAUUUAUACUCGCUUCAGGCAGAUCGCUCUCGAAAGAGGCCAGACACUAAUGGUGUCGACCCACCAUCUUCCUCAAGUAGCACAAUAUGCUGAUAUAAUUGUGUGA